AUGAAGCUGUUUGUGGCUGAUGGGCACCUCCUAGGCCACGAGGGCACCAUCCCUAAUGACGGGUCUAAGGUCGCAGCCUCCGCCAACUCUGUCUGCUCCAGUGAUGUGAGCCGCAGCAGCAACAUCUGCUUGCCCAGCUCAUGCCCGGGGGGCUCCUCCUGGCAGCUCGACGACUGCCCAGAGAGCUGCUGUGAGCCCUGUGGUGGCUGUGGCCCCUCCUGCUGCCCAGCCUCGUGCUGCCCUCCUGCCUCCUGCCUCACCCUUGUGUGCCGACCAGUCUGCUGUGUACCCACCUCCUGCCAGCCCUGCCCAGCUGUCUGUCCUUCCUGCUGCCAGUCCACUGGCUGUGGGGCUUCCUGCUGCCAAGCCUGUCCCUGUGCCCCCAUACAGUCCUGCUGCUGUGUGCCCAUGUGCUGCAAGCCCAGCUGCUGCAUCUCCCUGCCUGUGUGCUGCAAACCCAGCUGCUGUGUGACCUCUGUCUGCCCAGCUCCCUCCUGCUACCCAGUGUCCUCCUGCUGCCAGCCUCCCUGCUGCCAGCCUGCUUGCUCCAUGCCCCUGAGCUGUCGACCAGUGUGUAGUCCAGCCACCUGCUGUGUGCCUCUCUCCUGCAAACCCACCUGCUGCACCACCUCCUCCUCCUCCUGCUGCCAGCCUGUGGGUAGUCCAGCCUCCUGCUGUGUGCCUCUCUCCUGCAAACCCACCUGCUGCACCAACUCUUCCUCCUCCUGCUGCUGUGCCCCCUCCUGCUGCCACCCCACCUCCUCUGUGUCCCUCAUCUGCCGGCCCACCUGCUGCAGACCCUCCUGCUGCUCCACCUCCUGUGGCCAGAAAUCCUGCUGUUGA